AUGAAGUUCUCCACUGCCAUCAUCAGCAUUGCUGCCCUUCUCUCCUCUGCUGAGGCGUGUAAGUGCAUCUCCAGCAUCGGCAACAACGUCGAGGCCACUCGCGCGUGCUGCCAGGAGGCUGGUAGCACGGCCAACAGCUCGGGCGACUGCCCGGCCGGCAACAUCAGCAACAAUCUCAGCAGGUUUGCUUCGUGCUGCAGGUCCUAUGACACGCGCUCUGACUGUCGCUGCCCCAUCGGCUGUGCUCGCAAGGAGCUUGAGGCGAAACACUUGGCGGAAGGCAAGGUACCCCCCACCGAGGAUGAGGUCAAGGCCCUGCUCGCCAAGUACGAGUGA